UUUGUUUACAAACAUUUUGUUUUCAAUUAUAUGUAUUAAUAUCUAAAUGAAAUAAAUGUCAUAAUAGUGUCUAAUCAAUGGUCAGAUAACAUGUGGCCAUAUAUUAUAAGAUUCAAUAUUAAAGCUCUUCUCCUAAUUAUCGCAAUAUUUGUUUCAGUUGUUGUCUUUUGGUAUUAUCUAUUACUCGCAACUAAAGACAAAUUGGUAUCAAAUUCAUGGCUAACUUCGGCAGACAUCGAUCUCAAGAGAUUAUUAAUAGCCGGUAUAAUGGCGGCCGUCGGCGGCGGACAAGAGGUGGUCCGGGUUUUCAAUACUAAUACUCUUCAUAUGAAAAGUAAAGGCAAAACCAGAGAAGGAGUUAAUGAUGUGCUGACACAAGGUGAUAUGGCCUCUCAUCGACUUAUGGUUCACUCACUUUCGGCAGCAUUUCCUGGAUUAAGGAUCAUUUCAGAAGAGGCCACUUCACCAGAGGACAGACCAAUUGAUAUAAAACCAAUUUACGUAAGCGAUGAACUGCUAUACGAUGAACGGUAUACACAUUUGCCGUUUGGUAUAGAAGUGCCAUUAGGGGAACUUACUGUUUGGGUCGACCCUUUAGAUGCCACUAAAGAAUAUUCUGAAGGAUUGACUCAAUACGUAACGACAAUGGUCUGUGUGGCCAGAAAUGGUGAACCUAUUAUUGGUAUUAUUCAUAAACCAUUUAAAGGAGAGACAUACUGGUCAUGGAAAGGGAUAGGUGUGUCAACUAAUAUUAAAUCAGUCCUUCAAAAUAGACAUUUAAAUGAUAUAAGUAGUGAAACAUUACGAAUAAUUAUCUCUCGAUCUCACGCCGGAUAUAUCAACACAACUAUCCAUUCUUUAAUGGAUAAAGAGUACAAAAAUGUUAAUGUUAUUUCAGCGGCAGGUUCUGGAUAUAAAACAAUUGAAGUGAUAGAGGGAAGGGCUGAUGCUUAUAUCCACAACACAUUAAUUAAAAAAUGGGAUAUAUGUGCGCCAAAUGCUAUAAUAGACUCAAUAAAUAAUAUGAAGAUGAGUACAAUCAAUGGAAAUAUAAUUAAAUACAAUUUUGAAGAAGAGGUGACCAAUGAAAAUGGAUUGAUUGUAACUUUUAAACAAUAUUAUGAUAAACUCGUUAGAGUUUUUCGUAACUUUAAAUCAUAGGAAAUUAUUUACUUAAUUAUGGGUUAAUACAUCUCAUUAAUUGAACUGAUU